GAGCGUCUCUCUCUCCCUCCGUGUGCGUGGACUGUGCUUGAGGAAGACGCGCUGUGCGGAAGCUGGUUUCUCUCCCGCUUGGACGGAUGAUUGACGUUCCGUUUUAACGUCGUCGGGAUUUAUUCUCGGACCCGUCCGCGGUCGUGUUUCGGGCGGACAGUGACGGAACCGCAGAGCCUCCAUCAUGGGCUUCUACGGCACCCUGAAGCUCAUCUUCUAUAAAAUGAAGAGGAAGUUGGAUCAUGGUCCAGAUGGUCGUCCAUUCCCUUCAGGGAAGAAACAAUGUAAAGACAACGGUUACCUCAGUCCAUCCAGUCUGGUUCCAUUCCAGACCACACCCACUACCUUUGGUGACUUGCGGCUAGCCAAUGGGCAUUCAGCUCAGUGUCGGCGUGUCACUUCAGGCCCGCCCCCUUCAGGACUUCAAGACUGGCUACAUACCUUUCAGACAUGGAGCGGGCCCGAGAGGCUGCUGGCUCUGGAUGAGUUGAUUGACAGGUGUGAGACCAGUCAGGUGAAGCACAUGAUGCAGGUCAUUGAGCCCCAGUUCCAAAGAGACUUCAUAUCACUGCUGCCUAAAGAGCUGGCUCUGUAUGUCUUAACCUUUCUGGGGCCCAGGGACCUGAUGCAGGCAGCUCAGACCUGCAGGUACUGGAGGAUCCUGGCAGAAGACAAUUUACUGUGGAGAGAGAAAUGUAGAGAGGAGGGAAUAGCCGAGUGUGUGUUGUCUCGGCGGAGGAAGAGUGUGAGGCCGGGUGUGGUCGUCAGUCCGUGGAAGUCUGCUUACAUCAGACAGCACCGCAUAGAAACCAACUGGAGGACAGGCGACACACGCACACCUAAGGUGCUAAAAGGUCAUGAUGAUCAUGUGAUCACCUGUCUCCAGUUCAGCGGUGACCUCAUCGUCAGCGGGUCAGACGACAACACACUUAAAGUAUGGUCAGCCCUCACCGGCAAGUGCCUGCGGACGUUAACUGGUCACACUGGUGGGGUGUGGUGCAGUCAGAUGUCUGUUGCCAGGGUGAUCAGUGGCUCCACCGACAGGACGCUGAGGGUCUGGGACGCUGAGAGCGGAGAGUGUGUGCACACACUGUACGGACACACCUCUACCGUGCGCUGCAUGCAUCUCCAUGGCAACCGCGUGGUGAGCGGGUCCCGGGAUGCGACGCUGCGUGUGUGGAACGUGGUGUCGGGUCAGUGUGAACACGUGCUGACGGGCCACGUGGCGGCCGUGCGCUGCGUGCAGUUCGACGGGCGCAGGGUCGUGUCGGGCGGUUACGACUACAUGGUCAAGGUGUGGGACCCCGAAACCGAGACCUGUCUACACACACUGCAGGGACACACCAACCGAGUCUACUCACUGCAGUUUGAUGGGGCGUAUGUGGUGAGCGGCUCAUUGGACACCUCCAUCAGAGUCUGGGAUGCAGAGACAGGUGGGUGUGUCCACACACUGACAGGCCACCAAUCGCUGACCAGCGGCAUGGAGCUCCGUGACAACAUCCUGGUGUCCGGGAACGCCGACUCCACCGUCCGCGUCUGGGACGUCCGCACAGGACAGUGUCUGCACACACUGCAGGGUCCAAACAAGCACCAGUCCGCAGUGACGUGCCUGCAGUUCUGCAGGGGUCUGGUUCUGUCCAGCUCAGACGACGGAACCGUCAAACUGUGGGACCUGCGGACCGGAGCCUGGCUCAGAGACGUGGUGGCCCUGCAGAGCCGAGGGUCCGGCGGUGUGGUGUGGCGAAUCAGAGCGUCUGACACUCGGCUGGUGUGCGCUGCCGGGAGCAGGAAUGGGACGGAGGAGACCAAACUGCUGGUGCUGGACUUUGACCCCGAGGAGAGGAGGAGAGAGAAGGACUGAUGGGAGGAGGAGGAGGAGGUGUGAUGUCAUCAAAGGGAGACGGGAGGAGAGAGAAGGACUGACGGGAGGAAGAGGAAGCGUGAUGUCAUCAAAGGGAGACGGGAGGAGCGAGAAGGACUGACGGGAGGAGGGGGAAGCGUGAUGUCAUCAAAGGGAGAUGGGAGGAGGGGGAAGCGUGAUGUCAUCAAAGGGAGACGGGAGGAGAGAGAAGGACUGACGGGAGGAGGGGAAGCGUGAUGUCAUCAAAGGGAGACGGGAGGAGAGAGAAGGACUGAUGGGAGGAGGGGGAAGCGUGAUGUCAUCAAAUAGAGACGUGGAAAUCAAUGAAGAGGAGUUUGGUUUAAACUCCGAGGAAUAUUUACAUGUGUACACAAUGUCCCACACAUGACUUUACUCGCUGCCUCUCUUUCACACACACACACACACACACACACACACACACACACACACACACACACACACACACACACACACUUAUCUGACCAAAGUCACGGCUGGUUCCAGUUUCAGGAGUCGGCCAGACGGACAGACAGACAGAUUUGAAUGUUCCAGCAUGUCCUUAGUGACAGACAGACAGACAGACAGACAGACAGACAGACAGACAGACAGACAGACAGGCAGACAGGCAGGCAGACAGACAGACAGACAGACAGGCAGACAGACAGGCAGACAGACAGGCAGGCAGGCAGACAGACAGACAGACAGACAGACAGACAGACAGACAGACAGACAGACAGGCAGACAGACAGCAGCUGUCCCAGUCUGAAAACUGAAUGGACGCAGACAGGAACAGUGUGAUCAGGCGAAGGUGUGACAGAUGGACGAGCGGACAUGUUGAGUCCUACCAAAGAACAGACUGUGCGCAGAGAGACAGACAUGUGCACAGAGAGACAGACAGGUGCACAGAGAGACAGACAGGUGCACAGAGAGACUGGAGGCUCAUGGAGAAAGAAGACAAACAGACGCAUAUGGGUGAAGAUGGUUGCUAUGACAAUGGCUGAAUGCUUCAGGGAUGGGGAGACGGUGCUUUAUCAAAGAAUGUGGUCAGAGCAAAGAGAUGGAUGGACGGAUGGACAGACGAUGGAUGGACGGACAGAUGGACGGAUGGAUGAUUGGUCUGGAGACAGAGUUUUGAUGGCGGCCUUGACGGUGGUGGUGGUGACACUGAUCUGCAAACUGACUUGUGAAGAUGAGUCUGAUCGGCGCCGAAGACGGUUGAGACAGUUGGAUUUGGGACUUUUACCGCUGCUGAACCAAUGAGGAGGAGGGAGAUGUUUGAACCCACCAAUCAGAAUCAACCGUUCCAAAUGUUACUGGCCGCAACACACAGGCGACGUUUUGGGGCGACGUGGACUGCCAGCGCUGACUUGGGAAGGGACUGGGAGGGUUUACUGGUCUUACCGGGUUAACUGGGACAUUGUACAUGUCUAAGGGAGGACAUUGUGUUAAAAAAUGUGGAGUUCAUCUCAGUGAAAAAGUGUACCUGGGAAAAGCUCACUUCUCCGUUUGGACCGAAGAAAAGGUCCCCCGGCGUCGACUGGCCAUGAUCAAAACCCAAACGAUGUUGGUAUGACGGUGUGUUAUUGUGGCGCAUUUCAGACGGCGGCUAGCUGGAGUCGUUCUAGUCGGCUGGCCGGUGCAGUCCGCCAGCGUGUCAGCAGCCUUCAGUCUGGUUUCUGAGAUGGCGGUGGGGGUGGCUGAACUGAAGUCGGAGCGCCGUCGCUCGCUGGCGAGUUUUGCCCCGGCGUCCCCAGAGCGAAGCCGCUGUGGUUUGGCGUCUGCAGCUCUGCCACAUAUCUGAAACGUUCCUUUGACCACCGGAGCUGGAAACGACAGACGAACCACCACUGGAGGCUGGGAAAUGUUGUGCCGCCGGUCUGCUUGAGGGUUUCUCUGGUUCUGGCUGAAGGUACGACAUGGCAGUUUCGACGGGAGUGGUUUAAAUAUGCUAAUCACAGUCUUGCUUUUCCCGAAAAAAGAAGACCCCUUCAUUUGUACGUUUUCUAAAAGCUGGCGUCCCUGCAGAAGCUUUAGUGUUGUGGCCUGCGUUCGUGUGGGCAGACGAGUAAAUCUGCAUCCAGCCAGAUGAAGAGCUGGAAGUGGCUCUUAAGGCGUCCGGUCCCGUGUGGGAGCUGCUGGAUCAGGUCUUUACUGUUUUCAGACAGACGCCGUUGGGACGCCAGCCUGUGUCAGCACAUCCGUUCGAUUCCCACGGAUGUGUGUUACUUGUGUACGUAGGUUAACUUGCCUACUGGACCCUACAGUGGUGGAAGGCUCAGAAGCGUCCCGGCGAGCUCAGACAGGAUCUGGUGUCUUUAACGCUGCAGAAAGCGCUAACGAAGCUAGCCGCUAGCAGAACCCUCUUGCUCCACCCGUCGACUCUUGUGUACGCCCAAACCACUGGUUUAAGAACCAGUUCAACCCCUCUGUGUACUGGGAACCCCUCUGACAUAGACGGUAUUUAAACUGAGCUAUCUGUUCUGUGCCACAGCGCCAAACAGAUGUGUCUGUAACCCCGUCUAAGGAGGUGGUAAUGACCUCCGACCUUUUAAGCCGCAGAAAGGUCACUGCUGGUAGUUUCUGUGAUGCGGUCUCUUUUCCCAUGCUUGUACAACCGAACCACCAACCAACAUGGAAAACCAAAACAGUCCCUUCAGAGAUGAACGUCCUCUCCACAGCUGUGGCCCAGGCACAUUAAGACAGACAUCAAAACCUAUUUCACUGCUCUCUUAAUCACUUCCUCCAGGAUUUAUAAAGUCCCAGUCCAAACCUUCCCUCGGCGUCACGAGAAAUUAAAACGAUAAAUAAUCAAAAAGACUCUGUGACAAGCCAGCAAUCAUCCACCCGCAGGCUGGUUGAAUGUUAAUAAGCUGUUAUAACCAGGCCUGCAUCUGGUUUUGGACGGCGACCUCUGAACUGAGCGGUCCUGGUGUAAACCCUGUAAAAUAUUGUAGAUAAAGAAAGAAUGUACAUAAUGAGGUUUUUUUAUAAGAAAACAAACUAUUGUAAACAGAACGUGUCGUUCUGACCGAGAAAUGAAAGGAUGGAUGGAUGGAUGGGUGGAUGGGUGGAUGGAUGGAUAAAUAUAGAUCAAUAAAG